CAAGUCAAGGAAGCAAAGGCAGACCGUUUGCAAUGCUCCAAAUUGCCACCAUUAUGCCGUUGGUCUCAUCUCGGAAUUGUUGACCCCCCCCCCCCCCUUAGACUAACUACUGGCUGUUGCAAAAGUGCGUUUUAAUAAGGUAACGCAUUUUAAUAAUUUCUUUGAGAUAUCAGCAUGAACAUAUUUGAAUAUUUAAUUGACACAUUUUAUAAAAUGGGAAGUCCAAAGAAGAGUAGUGAAGUCCUACACAAAUACGGACGAGACUACCUUUUACAACUAAGAAUGCAUCCGUUAUCACUUCAGAAACCACAGAACUUGCCAAUCAUGGAAAUCGUCAAAGACCGACUAUAUUUACAUCAAAUAGAUAGCAUGGCUUCGCCAGGUGGAGACGAAUCUCAGUACCACCAUUAUACAGACGACAUGUAUGCGUUUAUGAAACAUGAUAAUGCAUAUAAGCGUUUUAGCCAACGUUCUUCUCCAGGAUACACUUCUCGGAGCUGCCCCGAAUAUGCAUCAUACCCAAAAUAUAAUGCACCAUUAACAAUUUCAAAGUACAGAUCAUGUUAUGAGUCCUCUCCUCAAAAACAGUUCUACAGAACAUCUUGUAAGAUUGAUAUGGCCGCAGAUGAUUUUUUCGAAAACUUUAAUGACAUCCAAAAUGCACCCUGGUAUAAAGAAACAUCAUCUCUCUAUACAAAUGAAAAUGAAUGGAAUCUGAAUCAAAAGAACUCAGAAAACAAAGUGUUGACUUCAAACAAUGGAUGCAAUCUUAAAAAUAAGAAAAAGCUUUCAAUUAUCGACCCUAAGACUGGGAAGAAUAUUCUGGAAGGAAUGGAAAACUCAACUGCAUCCCAAACAAGCAUUUCAAGCAAAGAAAAUGAAUGUGAAGCCAGACACAGUGUUGAAGUCAAUAGCUUAAUGAACAACGAAUGCAAAGACAUAAAGCGGAAUGUUGUGUCUGAUGAUGACUAUCCGAUGUUGACUACUGAGUCAUCAAAACAUCCCAGUGUUUUAUCCUACAAUCCUGAUUCUUCAGAUGAUGAAUUUAUGAAAGAAUACUCCGAAUACAAACUGAAAGCAUCCGAAAACUCAUCUCAAAAACUUCAGUAUGAAGAAAACGAAAAGAAUAUGGACAAAAGUAUUGGAUUUUCGCCAGCUGGAGAUCCAGGAACUAUUCAUCCUCCAACUGAUAAAGAAAAUACGGAAGAGAACGCCCGACAACCGAACGAUAAAGCUGACUCUCAGCAAUUAAAUGAUUUGAGAGCAAAAGAUCCAAGAAGUGGUGUUCAUGAAAUAAUCAGCUCAGAGGGCUGCAAUGACACAAACCUGAAGGAAAAGAUCCUGUUGUUGCGUGAUAAAAUUUAUACUAUGAAACAGGAGCAACAAAAAAUGGCUAUUUUGCAGAGUUUUCUGCGUUUCAAGAAACAGCAGUUGGACGAGAGUUUCCGAAGUUUGGAUGAUAAAAAAAUGGAUAUCAUUAAUUGGGAAUACAACUUGUACACCAAGGCUAAGAAACUGCACGAAAAAGAAUACUGGAUGACCAUGAAAAGCCAAAAUUUGAGGAAGAAAGAAAAACAACUGGAAGAGAAAGAAAAGUGGCUGGAUCUUAGGGAAAACGAAAUUAGAAAUAAGUAUAAUAAUGUACUUAAAAGAGAAGGAACAAAUAAUGCGUCACUAGAAAAUGGCGAAUUCCAUGGAGACACAAAGUUAGAAAACAAAUCAUCGCCAACUAAAAACGCAAUUGAUAUUAAUGGCGAACAGGAAGGCAAUAAUUGUAUCAAUUCUUCUACCAAGGAUGAUGAAAUCCUUCCACAAAAGUCCAAAGAUCUCUCGUCUGGCGAUAUUUGCGAAAUUCAGACCACUUCAGGAAAGUCACAGAAGUUUAAAGCAAGCGAUUAUUCCACAAGUUUAAAUUAUUCUAAAGUAAACAAGAAACCGAUAAGUUUUGAAGGAAGAAAAUAUCUUCCAGAGCAUGUCAAGCAAUGGUUCAAUCAGAGAGAUAAAAAUGCAAAAAAAGAAAACAAGCAUUAAUUUGCGUUGCAUUUUUGAAGUCAUGUGGACACAUGCGCUUUGUUUCGUAAAUAACCCAUACGAGCUUUCCAUUGUAGAAAAAAAGCGUUGCUUUUAGUAGAAUGGCUUAUAUUAAUAUUAUAACACGAGUGACAGAAGUUGUAUCCUGCAAAUAAAGCAGGGAAAUAUCUAUCAGACAACAAAAUUUGCUUGAAAUAAGUGUUUCUUAUUUGUAGGAAAGAUACAAAAAUUUCUUAAAAUUGUGACAUCUGUUAACAGAUAGUUGUGGUUAAAAAAAAAAUUUUUUUUCUUGAUGUUUUUACAAAAUUAAGAGAGGAAGA